ACAUAUAUAUAGAGACACUAACACGUCUAUUAUAAUUACUUCACACGUAAUAAUUCAAUCUCUCCCAAGUCCUGCAACACUUUUCCCACUUCUCCCUCGCAUACACAUCAAAUCUCCCUUUAGAAAGAAAAAAAAAACAAAAGGCAAAGGUUUUUCUUUGUGAUUGGUAAGAAUAUGGAGUACGUGAACGGAAAACCCACGUCGCCGGAUCAGUUGGAAAAGAAUUUCGACGAAGAUCAAGUGACGAAGCAGCUACAUCUAAAAUCUUCAACUAAGGAAACGCAAAUGGAAACACUGAACAAGAAGGCGGUUCUGAAACGUAUCCGCAAUCACAAGUGUCUUCACCAAAUAAAGAGCUUCCUUCUAUCCACCGCCACCGCACCAGACUCCGAGCAACGGUGGCUCGACCGCGGCGACGUCUUUUCUUGCCCUUAGACUCUUUCUUCCUUCGUCUUUAUGUAAUUUUCUUCUUCUUCUUAUGAUCAUAUUUACCGUUUUAAAUUAACUCGUACGAGAACUUACAUCAGAUUUUUACGAAUAUAACGAUGGUUUGUGUUUGAUAUUAAAAAUUAAUGU